GACGGUUCGGAAGUGCCCUAGGAAGUGCCUGUGGGCCGUCCGCCGUCUCUCCCAACACCUCUGAACGCCUUCGUCCUGUAAACCUCCCUGACCAGUUCCCGCGAGUACAGCUUGUAGCAGUGGGAGUCUAAAGAGACCGGCAGUGGCGGUGGAGAAGAUCUAUAAGUCAGGCAAAGUCUGCAGGCAGCCGGAAGGGGCGGGGCUGAAGGCCAGGGUCGACGUCCCUCGGCCUGAGGAGCUUGAAGCUCCUAGGCUGGGGGUGAGAGAGGGGCUCCGGUCUGCGAAGUGUGCGGUCAGGGGGCGUGGGAGGGGGUGCUGAGAAGCCUGGAGGUGUCAGGAGCUUGGGAGAGGCUGGAAGAAGCGGAGUCCGUAGGCCUCCUAGAUGUGUGGAACUGUCCCCGGGAGCUGUAGCCCUUCACCACCAUCUCUACCUUCUUCCUUCUGAGGGAGCCUGAAACUUCUGUCAUGGAAAAGUACCACGUGUUGGAGAUGAUUGGAGAAGGCUCCUUUGGGAGGGUGUACAAGGGUCGAAGAAAAUACAGUGCUCAGGUGGUGGCCCUGAAGUUCAUUCCAAAACUGGGACGCUCAGAGAAGGAGUUAAGGAACCUGCAACGAGAGAUUGAAAUCAUGCGGGGUCUGCGGCAUCCCAACAUUGUACAUAUGCUUGACAGCUUUGAGACAGACAAAGAGGUGGUAGUGGUGACAGACUACGCUGAGGGAGAGCUCUUUCAGAUCUUGGAAGAUGACGGAAAACUUCCUGAAGACCAGGUUCAGGCCAUUGCCGCCCAGUUGGUGUCCGCUCUGUACUAUCUGCAUUCCCACCGCAUUCUCCACCGAGACAUGAAACCUCAGAACAUCCUUCUUGCCAAGGGUGGUGGCAUCAAGCUCUGUGACUUUGGAUUUGCCCGGGCGAUGAGCACCAACACAAUGGUGCUGACAUCCAUCAAAGGCACACCACUUUAUAUGUCUCCAGAGCUGGUGGAAGAGCGCCCAUAUGACCACACCGCGGACCUCUGGUCCGUGGGCUGCAUACUGUAUGAGCUGGCGGUGGGCACCCCUCCCUUCUACACGACGAGCAUCUUUCAGCUGGUCAGUCUCAUCCUCAAGGACCCUGUGCGCUGGCCGACCGCCAUUAGUCCUUGCUUCAAGAGUUUUCUACAGGGACUGCUCACCAAGGACCCCAGGCAGCGUCUGUCCUGGCCAGACCUCUUACAUCACCCCUUUAUAGCUGGUCGUGUCACCAUAAUAACUGAACCAGGAAGCCCAGAUUUGGGCACCCCAUUCACCAGUCGCCUACCACCAGAACUUCAGGUCCUCAAGGACCAACAGGUACAUCGGCUGGCCCCCAAGGGCAAUCGAUCUCGCAUCUUGCAACAAGCCUGUAAGCAUAUGGCUGAGGAGGCCAAGCAGAAGAAACACCAGAACACAGGACCUGCCCUUGCGCAAGAGGACAGGACCAGCAAGAUGGCUUGUGGCACAGCCCCUCUGCCUAGGCUAAGAGCCACUCCUCAGGAACCAGGCCUCUUGGCUGGGAUCUUGGCCUCAGAAAUGAAGAGCAGCUGGGCUGAGUGGGGGGCUGGAGAGGCCCCCCCUGCCCCUCGGGAAAACCGGAUUGCCCAGGACUGUGAACGAAUUCUUCCAGAGCUGAGGCCAGAGGUGGUGGGCCAGAGGAGCAUUGAUGCAGUGGACCUAGAAAAUGAGGAGCCAGACAGCGACGAUGAGUGGCAGCACCUACUAGAGACCGUGGAGCCAGUGCCUGUCCAGCUGAAGGCCCCGCUCACUCUGCUGUGCAAUCCUGACUUCUGCCAGCGCAUCCAAGGCCAGCUGCACGAGGCCGGGGGGCAGAUCCUGAAGGACGUGCUGGAGGGUGCAUCCCAGAUCCUCCCAGCGCUCCGGGUCCUGAGCAGUCUUCUGUCUAGCUGCUGUGACUCGGUUCCCUUGUACUCCUUCUGCCGUGAGGCGGGGCUCCCCGGCCUCCUGUUCAGCCUGCUCAGACACAGCCAGGAGAGCAGCAGUAUCCAGCAGCAGUGUUGGUAUGGGACCUUCUUACGGGACCUGAUGGCUGUGAUUCAGGCCUACUUUGGCUGCACCUUCAAUCUGGAGAGGAGCCAGACAGGUGACAGCCUACAGGUGUUUCAGGAGGCCGCCAACCUCUUUCUGGACCUGUUGGGGAAACUGCUGGCCCAACCGGAUGACUCUGAGCAGACCUUGCGGAGGGAUAGCCUUAUGUGCUUUACUGUUCUGUGUGAAGCCAUGGAUGGGAACAGCUGGACUGUCUCCAAAGCCUUUUACUCCAGCCUGCUGACGACUCAGCGGGCGGUGCUGAACGGGCUGCUCCACGGCUUGACGGUUCCUCAGCUGCCUUUCCACAGUCCCCCAGGAGCCCCCCAAGUGAGCCAGCCGCUGCGGGAGCAGAGUGAGGAUCUGCCGGGAGCCAUGUCCUCUGCGUUGGCUGCCAUCUGUACUGCUCCGGUGGGGCUGCCCAGCUGCUGGGAAGCCAAGGAGCAGAUCUCUCGGCAUUUGGCGAAUCAGCUAACUGAAGACAGCAGCCAGCUGAGGCCAUCCUUGAUCUCUGGUUUGCAGCAUCCCAUCCUGUGCCUCCACCUCCUCAAGGUUCUCUACUCCUGCUGCCACGUCAGUGAGCACCUGUGCCACCUUCUAGGGCAAGAGCCCCUGGCCUUGGAGUCACUGUUGUUGUUGGUCCAGGGCAAGGUAAAGGUCGUGGAUUGGGAAGAGGCUACCGAAGUGGCACUCUAUCUCCUGUCCCUUCUUGUCCUCCGGCUGCAAGAUCUGCCUUCUGGAAUGGAGAAGCUAGGCAACGAGAUUGCUACUCUGUUUACCCACUCACACAUCGUCUCUCUCGUGACUGCAGCAGCCUGUCUGUUGGGACAACUUGGUCAGCAAGGGGUGACCUUUGACCUCCAGCCUGUGGAGUGGAUUGCGGCAGCGUCCCAUGCUCUGUCUGCCCCUGCGGAGGUCCGGCUGACCCCACCAGCUGGCUGUGGAUUCUAUGAUGGCCUCCUCAUCCUCCUGCUUCACCUCCUCACCCAGGUGCAGCCAGGGAAGGGCAGCCUGAUAAGGGAUGUGGCUAGCUCAGAAAUGUGGACCGUUCUAUGGCACCGCUUCUCCAUGGCCCUAAGGCUCCCCGAGGAGGUGUCUGCCCAGGAAGAGGAGCCGUCCCUGUCCAGGCCACAGAGCCCGGAGCCAGACUGGACGCUGAUCUCCCCCCAAGGCGUGGCCGCCCUGUUGAGCCUGGCCGUGGCCAUCUUCACCCAGGAGCCCCAGUUAUGCCUGAGCCACCUGUCGCAGCGUGGAAGUACCCUCAUGUCCACCUUGAAGCAUCUGCUGUCCCCCAGCUUCCUGCAUCCUCUGGGCCGGGCGCCUCACGGGUCUGAGUUUCUGCCCUUCGUGGUGCUCUCUGUCUGCCAGCUCCUCUGUUUUCCCUUCGCCCUGGACGUGGAUGAUGACCUCCUCGGAGGUGUAUUGGCUGACUUUGUGGACUCAGAAAUCGCAGCCCACCUGCUGCAGGUCUGCUGUCACCACCUUCCGUUGCCUCAAGCCGAGUUGCCUGUCAGUCUCCUCACACGCCUGGCCCUCACGGAUCCCACCUCGCUCAACCAGUUCGUGAACGCGGUGGCUGCCUCCCCUCGAACUGUCAUCUCUUUCCUCUCAGUUGCCCUCCUGGGUGACCAGCCAGUGCUCACCUCCGACCUUCUCUCGCUGCUGGCCCACACAGCCCGAGUGCUGUCUCCCAGCCACUUGUCCUUUAUCCAGGAACUCCUGGCCGGCUCUGAUGAAUCCUAUCGGCCACUGCGAAGUCUCCUGGGCCACCCAGAGAACUCCGUGCGGGCCCGCACUUAUGGGCUCCUGGGACACUUGCUGCAGCACAGCAUGGCCCUGCGGGGGGCGCUGCAGAGCCAGGCUGGGCUGCUCAACCUCCUGCUGCUGGGGCUUGGAGACAAGGACCCUGCCGUGCGGCGCAGUGCCAGCUUCGCUGUGGGCAACGCAGCCUACCAGGCGGGUCCCCUGGGCCCAGCCUUGGCCGCCGCGGUACCCGGUAUGACCCAGCUCCUCGGAGAUCCUCAGGCCGGCAUCCGGCGCAACGCCGCGUCGGCUCUGGGCAACUUGGGGCCUGAGGGCCUGGGGGCAGAGCUGAUACAGUGCCAAGUACCGCAGCGACUCCUGGAGAUGGCUUGUGGGGACCCACAGCUGAAUGUGAAGGAGGCUGCCCUCAUUGCACUCCGGAGCCUCCGGCAGGAGCCCUGCAUCCAUCAGGUGCUGGUGUCCCUGGGGGCCAGUGAGCGGUUAGCCAUGCUCUCUCUGGGGAACCAGUUACUGGCGCCCAGCAGCCCCCGGCCCGCCUCUGCCAGACACUGCAGGAAACUCAUUCACCUCUUGAGGCCAACUCACAGCACGUGAUCUCAGACUCCUGCGGUCUGUCCUCCAGCCUUUUUGGCCCCUUAUUGCCAACCUCUCCUUUUUCUACUGUAUGAGACACCAACUCAGCCAAGAGCUAAAGAGACUUAAAAAAAAAAAAAAAAAAGAUCGAGAGAGAUAAGCUACAGGUGAACUGAUUGAGAACGAGAAACUAGAAGAGAUUUAUGUAUAAAGUGCCCUCCUUUCCCCAGAUACUGAUUUCAACCAGUAAACUUCAUUGAUGUUGGUGCCACAGAAGAUUGCUUCCUUUUCUACAUCGAAGGCUCUUUCUCUGAUCAUGUGCCUUUAAUCCCAAGAACAUGCUUCCUGGAUGUCAGGGACAUAUCUUCUAUCUGGGAGCUCUCUUGCUUUCUGGAACUCCUACAAUCCUUCCAGCAGGUUUUUACCUUAGCACACUGGCCCCAGGACAGUGAUAAGGACAGAGCCUGUCUCACUGCUGUGGAUGGUUCUCGGACCCAUAGCCCACAUUCCUGUCUGUGGGUUAGGGUGGAGGGGUCGUUCUUUUCUUUAUUUAUUUUUUCCUUUCCCUUCCUGCCUGCCUGUCUUCCUCUCUCUCUUUCUUUUUCUUUCUUGCCUUCUUGCCUUCCUGCCUUCCUUCUGCUUAUCUUUCCUCUGUUUGUAAAUUCUUGUCAUAGAAUGUAUAUCUUACUUUGCUUGGAGCUGCCAGGGUCAGAGGUCAUGGGGCUCAGCACCUCUCUCAGCUGCUGUGGGGUGCCAGAAGCAAUUGUGUCCUAUUCACACGGGAUCCUGGCUUCCAUUCUGGUCGGAAAGACGAUGAACUUACUAAAAUCAGUGAAUUCUGUAUAGCACAUAGAGAGGUGAGAAAAGCUCUGGAGAAAAAUGAAGCACAGGAAGAGGAUGAGUGCUGAGUUGGAUGGCCCGGCUAGGCGUCACUGAGAUGACCUUUGAGCAAAGACUUGAAGAUGAGGGAAUGAGUGCAGCUAUCUGAGGGAAAAUUUGAGGCAGAGACAAUAAUCAUGCUUGAGGUGCUGUGAGGAAGGCCAGUUUGGAUGGAAUAUAUUUUGAACAUAGAGAAAAUACGAUUUUUUUUUAACUGGCCGGAUGUGGGGGUGUGAACAAAGGAAAGUAGGUAAGGAUGACUCUCAGAUUUUUGUCCUAAGUAAUUGGGAGAAUGGAAUUGCCAUUAACUAAAAUGAGGAAAGCUAUUAGUGGAGUGGUAAUGGGUGGGAAAAUUCAAGUUCAGUUUUGAAUAUGUGAAGUCUAUUAGUUGGAAAUUUUUAAACACCCAGAAGUGGAGACGUGGAACUCUGUGAACUCCAUUAUAGUUCCAACAGCUGCCAUAGCUAUUCUUCUUUUAGUCAAGAAUUUUAUUUAUUUAUUUAUUUUUAAGUAUUCUAAAACAAAUCUUGGGAAACAUGUGAUGUUACCUAAGUACUUUAGUGUAUCUCUUUAACAGAUCAGAACUCCUGUUUUUGUUUUUAGCAAAACCACAGUACUUCAAUAAGUCUUGUCUGGAUUCAGGCAAAUACGGUAUUGUAUUUUUUAAAAGAUUUUAUUUAUUUAUUUGACACAGACAGAAAUCACAAGUAGGCAGAGAGGCAGGCAGAGAGAGAGGGAGAAGCAGGCUCCCCGCCAAGCAGAGAGCCCGAUGUGGGGCUCGGUCCUAGGACCCUGAGACCAUGACCCGAGCCGAAGGCAGAGGCUUAACCCACUGAGCCACCCAGGUGCCCCGGUAUUGUAUUUUUAAAUCUAGAUUAUUUUUUCCCCCAUAAAAAAUGAACUAGAAAGAAUUACUUUAGCAAAGAAUUCUUUUUCCCCAAAUAAUUCAUGAAAUACUAGCUAGAAAUACCAUGCUUGUCUGGUACAUAAAAAAUUUGAUGUAGAAAAAUUAAAUAUACCAACUUUUUAGGUUUUCGCAUAAAAAAAGAGUUAAUCAUAUCAUGAGGGAGCAUAAUAAGGAAACAGGUUUCCAUUCUUGGGAGCAUAGAAUCUAAGGGAUUUGAAAUAUGUAAACAAUGUCUCUUCCUUUUCUAUCAUUGCACAAAGUGUCGAGAGAUAUGAUGUGAAUGGUCUGAGUAGUGCCUAGAAUUCAGAGAAUGUCUGGAAGGUUCGAGGAUUUGUGCCUGUGUUUGAGAGUAUAUUUGUUUUAACUCUUCUAGUGUGAGAGGCAGGUUCAUGUUUUCAAACCUUAAAAGUGGAGAAUGGCGUCAUGAGCUCCCAAGCCCUGAUCCCACAGAUUUGGCCAUUAAAAACAUUUUGUCAUUCUGGUUCUACCUAUUCCUUCUUUUUUUUUUUUAAGAUUUUAUUUAUUCAUUUGACAGAGAUCACAAGCAGGCAGAGAGAGAGAGAGAGAGAGAGAGAGAGGAAAGCAGGCUCCCCGCUGAGCAGAGAGAUGUGGGACUUGAUCCCAGGACCCUGAGAUCAUGACCUGAGCUGAAGACAGAGGCUUAACCCACUGAGCCACCCAGGCACCCCCUACCUAUUCCUUCUUAAAUUUUUUCAUUGCUGUAGUUUAAAACGCACUCUGUUUUGGAGUAAUUUAAAAUUUAAAGAAGAGUUGAAAGAACAGUUACAAAGAACUUGCAUAUACCUUUCACCCCAUUUCACUGAUUAACAUUUUGCCACAAUUGCUUUUACCAGAUUUUUCUGAACCAUUUAUUAGUAAGUUGUAAAUAUCAUGUCCUUUAACCUUUACAUACUUGAGAAUUUCUUUCUUUUCUUUUUUAAGAUUUUAUGUGUUUAUUCAUCAGAGAGAGAGAGAGAGAGAAGCAGAGGGAGAAGCAGGCUCCCUGCUCCCCUGAUAUAGGAUUCAAUUCCAGGACCCUGGGUUCAUGACCUGAGCUAAAGGCAGAUGCUUUACCAUCAGAGCCACCCACGUGCCCCACGUGGGAAUUUCUUACGAUCAAGGACGUUCACUUAUAUAAUCACAACAUGAUUAACAAAAUCAGGAAAUUUAACACUGAUGUAAUUCUAUUAACUCGUCUGCUGCCCAUAUUCAAAUACUGAAUACUGUCAAUUGUAAUAAUUUUUUUUCAAAAUGGUUCUCUUUUUUUUUUUCAAAUUUUUAUUUAAAUUCUAGUUAACCUGUAGUGUAAUAUUUGUUUCAGGAGUAGAAUUUAGUGAUCCGUCACUUACAUAUAGCACCCAAUACUCAUCGUAACAAGUGCCCUUCUUAAUACACAUUACCCAUUUAGCCUAACUCCUGCUCACCUCCUUCCGGUAAUGUUCUUUAUACCAAUUUUUUUUCCUGGUCCAGGAUCCAACCAAAGAUCAUGCUUUGUGUUAGUUGUGUUGUCUCUAAUCUAGAACCAUCCCUCAUCUUUUCCUUUGCCUUUUUGGACAUUGAUGGACAUUUUGAAGAAUACAGGCCAAUUUGGGUAUAUCUGAUGAUUUCUGUGUCAUUUGAUUCAGUUUAUACAUUUUUAUUAUUUUUUUCAAGGUUUUCUUUAUUUGAGAGAGAGUAAGAAAGAGAGAUAUCAUGAGCAGUGUGGAGGAGCAGAGGGAGAAGCAGAGUCCUCACUGAGCAAGGAGCCCGACUUGGGACUCCAUCCAGGACCCGGGAUCAGGACCCGAGCCAAAGGCAGAUGCUUAACCAAUGAGCCACCUAGUGCCCCACAGGUUAUACAUCUUUAGCAGAAACACUACAUAAGUAGUGAUAUGUCUUCUACUGUAUCAUAUAUCACAUCUCAAGCUAAUGAUGUCACCUUUUCCCAUUACUGGUGAAGUUCCCUUUGAUCACAUGGUUAAGGUGGUCUGGGCACAUUUCUUUUGAUGUAGGCUUUU